AUUUCGAUGAGCAAUGGAGCUCUUGAAAUGUGCAUGGAGGAAAGUAUCCCAUACAAGAGCUUUGGAACAAUCCAGUGGACGGCUCGAAUCGCUAUUCUUUGAGUCUGUUUAUCGAGUCACUUACAUAACUGGAUUGUCUUCAUCCGAUCGGACUAUCAUAUACUUGGUGUACAGUAUCUCGGUGAAACUUAUGAUCCUCCUCCUGGUGUGCGGCGAAGUGUGGUACAGUAUCAGCGAGACAUCAAGCUUAGACGAAAUCGCGGCUGGGAUCAACGCGACCCUAAUACAGUUCAUAGCCAUAUACAGAUACAAGAAUAUGAUCGACCAUAAAGAUAUGUACAAGAGAUUCGCGACUUCAAUGGAGUCCCCGCACUUUGAUACGUCAACCGAUAAAAGGAAAAAGUUAGUCGUCUUCUGGGCUGAGAGAAACGAAAAAUAUCUGAAGUUGUUACUGGCCUUAGGGAAUUGUACCCUUGCUGCUUGGUUCUUAUAUCCUCUGGUGGAUGAGCUAGACUACAAUUUGAUUGUUGGCGUGCAUCUGCCUUUCGAAUACAAAACGCCGUCACGGUACCCCCUCGCUUACAUCACAGUGGUUAUCGCAUUCAUCUAUGUAUCGUAUUUUGUGAUGGUCACCGAUCUAAUCAUGCAGGCCCAUCUUCUUCAUUUGCUAUGCCAGUUCAAUGUUCUCGCCGACUGCUUCGAAAACAUGCUGAAUGAUUGUGUUAAAGGAUUCGAAGGCAUACCGUUAUUAAGGUUAUUGAAGAAUAAACAGUUUACGACCAAAUACACCAAGAGAUUGGGCAAUCUGGUUGAACAGCACAAUCGAAUUCUGAACAACACAAUAAGUUUAAGGGAUACACUAAGCUAUCCAAUGUUGGGACAAUUGGCAGCUAGCGGAACUCUAAUUUGCUUUAUCGGAUACCAAGCUACAACGACCGUCACGGUCAGCCUCGUGAAAUGUCUGAUGAGUCUUUUGUUCUUGUGCUACAAUGUUUUCGAGCUCUAUAUAAUCUGUUUGUGGAGCGAGGAGAUUACGAUUCAGGGUUGUAGCAUAGGUGAAGCAAUAUAUUGUUCGGGCUGGGAGUGCGGCUUAGCUACCCUACCUGGAGUUCGUUCUACUAUACUCCUGGUCAUUGCUCGAGCCAACAAACCCCUGGUCCUGACUGCUGGAGGAAUGUAUAAGCUAUCUCUCAUUGCCUAUACAACGCUAGUAAAAACCUCGUACAGCGCGUUGACGGUCCUGCUUCGCUUUCGUCACGACUAAUACAAUGAAGUACAUCACGCAACUACAAGAUAAAUGUAGUAGUGAUAUCAUCAUAGCUGUAUUAGUCACGGCCAUAGUGUGCUUAGAACAAAAACUAUUGUUUGCCUAAAAGCGUCACGUAAACACAUUAGACAAAACACGAGCGAAAUAAAGUUAACGCACGGAUUUAGAAAA